GCUUUGACGUCAAUGCACGUCAACCCGAGAACAUGAUGCCUCUUAGCGAGUCAACUCGUGUGCUCUGUAGCUGAUAGAGGCACCUCAAGCUGAAAUAUUAUCGCUCCAUUGUACCGGGGGAACGUGGCGUGACAGCCCUGCGGUUCAGCGAAUGGCUCGCCGCUUAUGAAGGAGAGUCAGCGCCACAUUGGCGGGUUUUUUUUCUCCUCCUUUAAGCCGGUAGUGGCGACACAGAAUCAACUUUGUCUAUUUUUAAUGGACACGCUUCGGGCGGCGGUAGCAGCAGCAGCAGCAGCAGCGGCGGUGGCGGCGGGCGGUUUGUUUUCCUUUCGUCUUUAUCUCUAGCUGUUCGAGCAAGCCUGUCUGAGUACCCCUCCUCCUCCACCACCUCCUCCUCCUCCUCCGUCUCUACCUCUUUCACAAGCAGUCCCAGUUCGAACAGCAUGGUCAUGGCCGACAGUGUCCAAAAACCGCUGCUCCGGGGUCCGGUCCGAGUGGGCUUCUACGACAUCGAGCGCACUUUAGGAAAAGGCAAUUUCGCCGUCGUGAAGCUGGCCAGACACCGCAUAACCAAGACCGAGGUGGCCAUUAAGAUCAUCGACAAGACCCAACUGGACGCUGUCAACCUGGAGAAGAUCUACAGAGAAGUUCAGAUCAUGAAGAUGCUGGACCACCCGCACAUCAUCAAGCUCUACCAGAUUUUGGGUUUGCGAACUUCUUCCAGCCGGGGGAGCCUCUGGCCACCUGGUGCGGCAGCCCGCCUUAUGCCGCUCCAGAAGUCUUCGAGGGACAGCAGUAUGAGGGACCGCAGCUGGACAUCUGGAGCAUGGGGGUGGUACUUUACGUGCUGGUGUGCGGUGCGUUGCCCUUCGAUGGGCCCACUCUGCCCGUGCUCCGACAGAGAGUCCUCGAAGGAAGGUUUCGCAUCCCCUACUUCAUGACUGAAGACUGUGAACACCUGAUCCGUAGGAUGCUGGUCCUGGACCCGUCCAAGCGUCUGUCUUUGGCCCAGAUCAAGGAACACAAGUGGAUGACUCUGGACGUUCCUGUGCAGAGGCCGGUUCUGUACCAGCAGCCGCUGUCUGCAGAGGGCGAGGCGGGCGUCGGAGAAUACAGCGAGCAGGUCCUCCGCCUCAUGCACAGCCUCGGCAUCGACCAACACAAGACCAUAGAGUCUCUGCAGAACAAAAGCUACAACCACUUUGCUGCUAUUUACUACCUGCUGGUGGAGCGGCUCAAGGCGCAUCGCUGCAGCUUCCCCGUUGAACAGCGGCUCGACGCCCGCCAGCGGCGCCCCAGCACCAUCGCUGAACAAACCGUCAUCAAGUCGACCAGCGGGUCAUCCCAAGUGGGGUUGCCCCUGCAGGGCGUACGUCUGUUGCGUCCCCCUGCUGUACCCCAGCCCUCCUCUGACGCUUGCACCUUCCCCCAGACCACAUCUUCCCUGGAGCAGAAUUUCAUGGUGGAGGAUAUCAGCACCCCCAAAGUGAACGGCUGCCUCCUUGACCCCCUCCCUCCCACCACUGUCCUCCGCAAGUCCUCUACCUCAUCACCCAGCAACAUGAUGGAGACGUCGAUUGACGAGGGCAUCGAAACUGAAGAACCGGAUGCCGAGGACGAUCCUGCCCAUCUGCUUUCGGCCUAUCAGACGGCUCGAUUUGGCCAGCGGCGGCACACUCUAUCUGAGGUCACCAACCAGCCAGGACCUUCAAAUCAAGGUAAAUUGUUCACUCUGGGCCACAACCCAUCCAUGGGAAGCGUAGACUCAGACAUUGGCUACGACAUGGGGUCCGCGCACAGUGACCUCGGCCUGCUGGAGGAUUCCCCUUCCCUCAGCGAAGUGAUGCCGGCCAGCAGCUCUGCCCCCGGCUGCAGCCCGGCACCUUUCAUGAUGACGAGGCCUCCAAACCCAGCAAUGGCUGCCCUGACAUCCCAGCACAGGGAGACGCAUAACCGCUCCCCAAUCAGCUUCAGGGAAGGACGCCGCGCAUCUGAUACCUCCCUCACACAAGGUCUGGUGGCGUUCCGGCAGCACCUCCAAAACCUGGCGAGGACCAAAGGCAUCUUGGAGCUAAACAAAGUCCAGAUGCUGGUGGAGCAGAUGGGCUCUGGGGACGGGGUCGUCCCUGGCCUCCUGGGACCACAGCAUCAUUUGCACAACCUGCUAGAGGGCGAGGCCUGCAAGCAGCAGGAGGGCCUAGCUUUAUACCCAGGUGAAGCCCAGCCGCCUCUCCUGUCCCGCAGACAGAGUUUGGAAACACAGUACCUCACACACAGACUGCAGAAGGCCAACAUCUUGGCAAACAGUCCUGCUAGCUGUCAGAUUUUCUGUAAGGAGUCUCCGCGCAGUUUAGAGCAACAGCUACAGGAACACAGACUGAACCAGAAGAGGAUGUACCUGCAGCAGCAGUCACAGGGCAUGGGACUGCAGGCGUAUUUCAACCAGAUGCAGAUAGCUGAAGGCUCCUACCCACCAGUGGGCCCUGCUCUGGACCCCGCGACGUCUCAGGGUCCCCCUCAGGGCCCCCCCAUGUCGGCCGGGGGCCAGCCUCAGCCCCAACAGCAAGGCAGCCCUCAGGUCUCCGCCCCCUACGGCCACGCCCUCAGCCUGAGCCCCCUGCUGGAGCCGGGCGAGGGCGUGGUUUACGACCCCUACAUGAGCCAUCACCACUACACCCAACAUCUGCCUCACGGAGCCCACCUCCACCACCAGCUCCACCACCAGCAGUCUCACGAUGCUUCCAGCAGCGGCCUGGGCUUCAGCUUCCCCGCGGGCUGCGAGCAGCAGGCCCUCGGUCCGUCCCCCGAGACGCUUCCGCCGGACCAGUACGAGUUCUCCGUGAACCCCGCCCUGCUGCUGCCGCCCGCUCCCGGAGAGGCGGAGGCCAGAGCUGCGCCCGGGAUUCUGACCGGGUCGCCGCAGUCCGACAGCCUGGGGAUGAACGAGCUGCCGGGUUCCCUGCUGGACAGCGAGAUGAUGGAGACGGUGGACUCCCAGCAGGGCUUCGUACUGGUCAACUAAUCCCCGCCGAGGAGGUUGCUAGAGAGCAGUGUUAAAAAAAGGGGCGACGCAGCAUUAAGAGCAGGGAGAACAGAGAUGUGAGCGGAGGUCUUAAGCGUAGCAGCAGGGAAGGAAGUGUUCACUUUUGUGCAACUAAUAGAAAGCUUCAUUUCUUAGACGUUAAGAAGCCUUGACUUUUGUACCAAAAUCCUCCCUCGACCUACCUCCCUUUCUCCUCCUACUACUCCCCUGUUCUCGUUCUCGUCUGCUCCGCGAGGCAGGAGGCGGCCCGUCGCCGUGCCGACGCGGUGGGACUGCUGUCGCCGCGUGCGCCGAGCCAUUUUCUGAGACUGGAGGAGGAGAGGAUGCUGCACAUCCUGGAGGCUGCCAGGGGUGCAGCGUUUCAUCUGGAAUUAGUUUGAAAGCGAACUAAUUUAGGGACUUGGAACUGAACGGCAACCAAAAGCACAAAGGCCGGUCGUGCUUUUUGUACUUCAAGUACCGUCGACAACAACAACAACAACAACAAAAAAAAGACCGGUUCUGAAUAAGACUUCUGUGGAUUUUUUUAUUGGAUUUGUUUUGAGAAUAUGGUGUGGAAAGAAACAAGAGAAGAUGGCCCUCAUUUAUCACGGUACCAUGAAUAUUAACGCAAAUUCAAGCCAUUCAAGCUGGUGUUCUGUGCAGUUAUAUAACGAUGCUCAUAAGCAGCCGUCAACACUAUCAGAUAAACAAAAAGGUGACAAAUGCCCUCAAUCCUGCUACGUUUUGUUAACCGUUAGACGUUUGUUUUUUCUGUGACGUUUUAUCCAUAGAUGUAACUACUGAUCUCGAGCUAUUUCCAACACUACUGAUUGCUGUCCCGGCUGCAGCGCGUCCCUUAGCACGACCGCCGGUUCAGUCCGAGCGCGGUUCAUGCCUUCUUCGCCUGGUAAAUGAGGGGCCGCCGUUGAUUAAAACGCGUAAAGUCGAGGGUUAGUGUUAAACGUACGUCUCUGUUUCUGUGGCAAUACUGAAGCAAUAUUAAUCGUGAAUGUUGAGAACGCCUCUGAUUGGUCAGGCUGUCCGGAGCGGAGGAUGUAAGCGGGAGACGAUCUCGCUCUGACACGCCUGGAUUGUGUCGCGCAGAGGAGGGUACACAAGGUUGGUGUUUAGGUCCUCCAACAUUAAAACUGUAGGAUGUUAUUUUACUAAUGUCAUUCACGGAAAACACAAGAAACGCUCUCUUUGCCGUGCAAGCGUCACAUAUUGCGUCUUUUUAAAGGUACUCGGCAGACGGGGAGUUUUAAGCAGGUCAGAAACGAUGUUUUUACAUUUCCUAAACCUUACGCAAACUUUUUUUUUUUUUUUUAGAUUUCUGGUUUACUUCCUCUGCUCCAUCCUGCCUCUGCUCAGUUUUCUAUAUAACGCCUCUAAAGAUUCCCUGCAUUAGAUGUUGCUGAUUUUGAAGUUUCCCCUCUGACGUUGCGGCUGCUGCGAGAUGAAGCCCAGCAUCCUCCAGCUGACAGGGGAUCACCGUUGUUUCCUCGCCACUCUUUUAAUGUUUCUUUUACUUUUAACAGCAUUCAGACGGUCUUCGAUCCACUAGAUAUAACUCUUGACAGACGAUUGGUCGGAUUGAGAGCCGUUGAGAUGAGACUAUUGGAGCGCGACCAUCUGCCAGGCUGCGUGGCCGCGGUGGUUUGUGGUUAAACUGUCGGAGGGUUUGGAGUCGGAUCCAGCAGCAGACCAGGGCGUUCGCUCUGAUUGGUUCGACCUGGAGGCGAAACCGCCUGUUGAACCGUCUUUUUUCCACAUCUUUUUCUGUCUAGGUCACAAACCUAUAGGUGUUUUUAUUAGGAUUUGAUGUGAGCGACCGACAAAAGUAGCACAAAAAUUGGGAAGCGGGAGGAAAUUAAAAUAUGGUUUUCAAAGACGUGAACAAGCUUGGCUCUCGUAGGGAUCUCUGAACCAUCGUAGCUCUGGCUGCACACUUAGAGCCGACGUCCUGCCGGAUGGUGAGGCUCUCCAUCCGGUUUCCAGAUUAUCUAGGAUUACCCUGUGUGUCGCGGCAUCCGUCGUCCCCUCAGCUCUAAACCAGCUGAAGAACAGCGUCCCCACAGCAUGGUGCUGCCACCAGCCGCCCUCCUCUCUGGGUGGAAAUUGGACUUUAAUUUGAUCAUUUUCCAAGUUAUCCAAGUCUGGUUGCGUUUGGAAAAAUGAGGUUGUGUUCCUCAUUUUAUUAACUAAAAGACACAAAAUGUAACUUUCAGGAAAAAUAAAAUGCUGUUUGCAUUUAUAAUCAGAUGGUUUCCCUCAUCUUUGGCUUAACCUCAUCACAGCUUAACUUAUGUCCAACUCAUUGACCAAAAAUGAAUGUGCAUUAUAUUGAGGGACCAUCAGUUCGGUACCAUUUUAGGCUUCUAGAGGAAGUACUUUUACAACCUUUGGUUCUGAAACUCUCUCAUUUAGAUGCCAAGCAAAGCAUUAAAACCCCCAAAUUUAUAUUUGGACAAAAAAAGAAGGGUCUAACGCUUCACUAGCUGUGAUCCUAUACUAUGAUCUGAGAACAGUCUUUAAUGGAGAAUAAACUCAUCCAAAUCGGAGACGUUUUUAUGCUACACUUUGAAAUAGUUCAGAGGGCUUUGUACCGACGCUGCUGAAUCUUAAGAAAGCCUCUUUGUUGUUUAAAAAUGUGUUGAAACGAUAAAAGGUUGAUGUUUUAGAUUUUCAGAAUCUUUUUACAAAACCUAGAAAUUUUAAUCUGGAAAUGUGAGGAAUUUAAAAAUGGAAAAUGUGUAGAGACCCGGUCUCCUACACAUAUAUUUUAGUUUUUUUAGAUAAGUCAAAACGGUUCUGUUCUGGCCUCAUCAAACCAGAGAUCCAUCUUAAAAACAUUUGCUUUACAAGGCUUGUAGAAAACUGCAAAGCUUGUAUGGAUUCCUAUCUUCUUGCCGGGUACUGAGCCUGUGGAUCUCUGCAGCUCCUCCAGAGAUACCCAAUUUUUACUGCUCAUCGUUUCCGAUUGAUCUCUUUACGUGACCGGUGUUGCACUGGUAUUGAAUUAAAAGGGGGAAUGAAUACAAAUGCUCAUGACUCAGGAAACGUCGUUCUCAGGGGGACAGAAGUGGUGGCAGCAUCACGCUGUGGAAUUGCUCUUCUUCAGCAGGAACAGUGAACCUAGAGCAGUUCACUACUACGUAUAAAAAAAAAUCAAUCCCCGUAUUAAAAACAUGGGAAUGUGUGGCUAAAAUGUGUCGAAAUCUACGGUUCAAGGGUGGAGAAACCUUCUGCGAGGCGGACUGAACGGCAACACUUUUGGUUUUAUUUUGGUCACUUGCUGCUAAUACCUCCAACAUCCUCAGUUAACCACAACCAUUGCAGGCCUGCUGUAAAAACGCGGCUCGUGGUCGCAUUAACAGUCCCGCCCUUCGAUUUACAAACCCCACGUGUUGUUUAUGUUCUAACCCACCAUAGUUUGUUGACGGCAAUAAGCUCACGCCCAGUUUGUGGGUUUCUGGAUCCAUUAGAUAGAAAAAGAAAAGGGACUAAAGCGAAAAUGUUUGAGGCUUGUUUUAGGGAUGAAAUCAUUCUGAUGCUGUUUGAGCAUUAAAGGGGGGGGGGGGGGGGGGCUUUCUGGAUGGAGACCUACAUUAUGGUCUGUGGAGGCUGAAUACUGGAGCACUUUGACCACAACGGGGAAGAAGAAAUGUAGCGAGGGAGGAGAAAAAGGUGGGAAAGGUUUGCGGCUUCCUGGCGAAUGAAACGGACCACAAUCAGGAGGAAACACCUUUCUCCUCUCUCUCUCUCUUCCCCGACAAUAAUGGACACAAAACCAAUUUUCUUUCAAGGAAAGACCAGACUGAGUGACAUUUUGUGACUGUCGAUCCGAAUCUGAGAAAAAGCGGCACUUUUCAGUUUAUGAUGAGUGUUCUUUGUGUGGCUGUUGUGAAUCCUCGCCCCGGGGAGCUGUGUUGAAUAGUGUUCAGUGUGCCUUUUUACUUCUUUUCAAUCUAAAAUUGAAUUACUAUUUCUGGUUUUGACUCUUCUGUCGUUUUACUUUAUUACCAUGACUUCCUCUCCGUUUUUAUGAUUCUGUUUUCCUGAAAGUAAGUAAGUAGAGCCAGGUUUUCCAAAGGUACCAAAGUCCCUCAGAAGUUUCCCUGUACGACCCACCGUGUGGAGUUUUGGAGCUUCUUUAUGAUCUUUUUUUUUUUUUUUUUCUAGCUGGUCAAUCUGUGUAUGCCAUUUAAAAGUAUUAUAGCAAUAUUUCUCUAGUUGAAGACUAAAGUCAUGAAGAUUCUAGUGGAUGUGUUUCCAGGUAUCAUAAUUUCACCUCCUGUUGAUUAAAAAAAAACAAACAAAGAAAAAGAAUCAAUAGAAAUCCAGUUUUAUAUUUACCUUCAUUGAUGUUGACCACACAUAAGCUAAUUUCUUGUUGAGAUUAAAAAGGUUUAUUGAACAGAA